AUGAAUAAAUACCCAUCACGACAUACAAACACGACGAACAAGAUUAAAAACGAUGAAAUUCAAGAUUCCUUCAAUAAUGAAAACACCAGGUAUGGUGACCACCAACGACGAUCUUAUUUUUGGCUCCAAAACAAUGACACUGACGAAGAACUACAACCUAACCCGCCCGAACCAUAUCCAUAG